AUGAAGAGCAACCAAGUCCAGAAAGUGUCGGACGUGCCCAAGUUCCUCGACUCGUUCGAUACCUUCCUUCUGGAUUGUGAUGGCGUGUUGUGGCGAGGCUCAACCCUGUUGCCGCACACCAAGGAAGUCCUCCAGCAGCUUCGCUCCAUGGGCAAGCGUCUGUUGUUUGUGACGAACAACAGCACCAAGUCGCGCGAGGACUACAAGAAGGUGUUUGCCAAGUUCGGGAUCGAGGUGUCGGCCGACGAGGUCAUCUCGUCGUCGUCGGCCGUCGCCCACUACCUCAAGGACGAGGCCCACUUCACCAAAACCGCCUACGUCGUCGGCGAGGCCGGCAUCACCCGCGAGCUCGACGCCCUGGGCAUCUCCUGGAUCGGCGGUGUCGACCACAAGGAGAACAUGACCAUGCAGGAGCUGGAGCACAUUGAACUUGAUCCUCGGAUCGGAGCUGUGGUGGUCGGGCUGGACACCAACAUCAACUACCGGAAGGUCGCCUACGCGCAGCUCCACCUCCGAAACCGCCCCGAGACCCUCUUCCUCGCUACCAACGCCGAUUCCACCUUCCCCUCCGCUGGCCACAUGCUGCCCGGCUCUGGCACGAUGGUGGCCAUGGUGGAGGCGUGUAGCGGCCGCAAGGCGUUGGUUAUCGGCAAGCCCAGCAAGACCCUGAUCGAUCUCGUCGUCCACCAGUACGGCCUCGACAAGGAGCGCACGUGCAUGGUGGGCGACCGGCUCAACACCGACAUCCAGUUCGGCCUCAACGGCGGCAUCUCUACGCUGCUCGUCUUGACCGGCGUCACCACCGAAGAAGAGCUCAUGAGCCCCGACAACCCCACUCACCCUCACCACUACAUUCCCGCCUUUGGCGAUCUCCUUCUUGCCUCGUCUUCUUCUCAUCUUCUUCUUCGUAAUACAACGUAA